AUGGACGUUAUCGUUUUGCAGCGUCAGCUUGCUGUCUACACAGCUUCUCUGUAUUACGAGGGAUAUGUUGACAGUCAAUUCACUCAGGUGCGGAAGCUGCAAGACGAGAGUAGUCCUAAUUUCGUGACGGAGGUUGCUUCUCUCUUCUUUGCAGAUUGUGAGAAGGCUCUUAACAACAUGUCCAGAGCUUUAGAAGCUAAGGAUUUCAAACAGUUGGAUUAUCAUGCUCAACAAUUGAAGGGUAGUAGUAUCAGCUUUGGUGCAGCUAGAAUUAAAGAUGCAUGCAUUGCCUUCAGAACACAUUGCGAGUCCCAAGACCGUGAAUGGUGUUUGAGAUGCCUUCAACAAGUGAAUCAUGAGUAUGGUCAAUUGAAGACGAGACUUCAAACUUUAUUCAGGCUGGAACAGCAGAUUGUCGCAUCUGGUGGAUCAGUUUCUAAGUUUCGAUGA